CUCUAUUACACACACACACACUCACUUUCUCUCUCUCUCUCACUCUGUGUGUCUCUCUCUCACACACACACUUUCUCUGUCUCUCUCUCUCUCUCUCUCUCUCUCUCUCUCUCUCUCUCACACACACACACACACACACACACACUUACUCUGUGUGUGUCUCUCUCUCUCUCUCUCUCUCUCUCUCUCUCUCUCUCUCUCUCACACUAGGUCUCGCGCACGCUUUUUACAUUAGAGUCACUCAGCACGCGCAGCCGACGCGACUCUGACUCUUUAUCCGGAUUAUUAUCAUCAUCAUCAUCAUCAUCCCCAUCGGCAUUAAUCACGUCUCGGAUUAAAAAAUGGGGAACAAAAUACACACGUGUUUAAAUUUCUCGAAACGUGAUGGAAAAUGAGCGCAAGCUCACUAGACCUGAAGGUGUAGACUAUUGAAAGCGAAACUGUGGAAACUGCGAUGCCCGAAGAUACUGUGAAAGACACCAUGACAAUCCCAGAGUGCCCUUCUCUCACCGUUAAAGCCAACAACAACAACAAGAACGAUCCACCUCCUUCAGUUUCCAUCCCUCUGGUGAACGACGGCCCUCUGACGGCGGCGACGGGUGGCACGGAGCUCUCGUGCUUCCGCUGUACCCUUCCUUUUGGUGUGGUGGUGCUGAUUGCCGGCAUCGUGGUCACAGCUGUUGCCUAUAGUCUUAACUCUCAUGGCUCCACCAUCUCUCACUUCGGCCUGGCACUGCUGUCAGCCGGCGUGGCUCUGCUUGGCCUCAGCGCCGGCUGUUGGAAGCUCCGCAGUGAGAAAAAGAAGGAGGAGCGGAGACGGGAGAGCCAGGCUGCACUAGUCACCAACCACAGGAUCAUCUAAUCGAACUUCCUGGAAUUUUCAGAAAUGUGACUGCUGGUCAGAAAAAAGAAUCUUCAUCUCUUCUCACACACUUUGAAUUUCUUGCUCAACAUUCUUGCUUGUCCAGAAGAAACUCACAGAAACCACAAAACUCUUUGGACUUUGUACUUCUCAGUAGUGGACUUUGCCUCAUGUCUUCAGACUGCAUGGUACUCUGGAUAAUUCUCAUCUCAAUAAAGGAAUUAUUUAGAUUCAUAGAGUCAGGAAAAGUCUCAGAAACCAGAGGAGCGUCUGUACACGACGUUGUCCUAGGAUUCGUUGCUGUGAUCAAUGUAAUUUCAGCCCUCUUGCUUAACAUCUAAGCAUCUUUACAGUUGCAAAUGCAUCCCGGAGAAAUUCAGCUGAAACCACAAGACUCGUUGGACCUUCUGUGUGUCAAAUUGGUAGAAUUUCCACCAGUGGUCUUUUCGUUUCUCAGUUGCAGACCUAAAGCAUCAGUUAAAAGACUCAUGUCUUAGGAUUCAAACUCUACAGACUUACAGCUUCAUGACAAGUCUAACUGCUUCACAACAAAAACCACAGAACACUUGGAUUCAGACACAUCACAUAGUCUAGACUGUACAGAGUGUUCGAAAUUUGUCCUCAUAAUCUGGUCAGACUCUCCGAAGUAGCAUUGGCAUAUUCCUAUGAAGGGAUCCCUCAGGAAAAAAAUGCACAGGAACAUUUUCUUAGGAUUUGAGAUCUUCAGGUUCUUCAGAAUUCCAGCUUUUUCCUGAUUACAACUGCUUUCCAAAUAACCACUGAAUAAUUCCAAAUAACCACUAAAAAUCAAAACCCAGACUCCUCACACUUUAAUAUUUUGGAACUGGACUUCUUAGGACUUCUUAUGGUUGACACGUCAGGAGUCUGUUCUUUCAACUUUCCGUCCCUUAUUCCUACCUCCUCUACCGUCCCUGCCUGUAUGUUCGGUGAGAAGAGUGAAUGAAUCAAAAGCAAAUCUAUGAAGCCUUGAGGGGAACCAAGACUUGAAAUGGGGGAAAGGGGGUAGAUGUCCUCCUCUGGACAACACUGGAUAAUGGGAGUAAACUAGGAACUCAGACUUUAUGCUAACGGACACUGUUUUUAAGGUGAACGCGCUAAAUAAACAAUGUGACAUUUUUCCACUAAAGUAAUCAUGUAUACCAGUGGAACUCUGUAAUUAACAAUCUGUAACAAGACAAGAAAAUUACUCGCAGAGCUCAGAAAAAAACCAUAAUUCACUUGGUUUCUGUGCAGAGAUCUGAGCUUUAUCCCUAUUUCUCUGAUGGACAUAAAACAUCAUGACAACCAGAAGAACAAAAACCAGCAGGGAUCCAAAGCCUGAGGUGCUGUUCCAUGUAGAACCGGUCAGUGUGGGGAGGGGUUACAGAGGUGAAGAUGGCAGUUCUGGAUACUCACAGCUGUUUCCAGAUGUUCAAGAGUUGCAGAACAUUGACCUCAAGGUCCCUCAUCACAAACCUCUCUUUAAGUGACUGACUGCGGUUCCUUUUUGCUUUGAAGUGGACCUGCAGUAUUUUCAGUAUUUUUUUAUUUCUUCCUUCCCCCACUCUUUUUCCCCUUCUCUCUCUCUCUCUCUCUCUCUCUCUCUCUCUCUCUCUCUCUUUCUCUACGGCAGAUUGUUUGCAUCUGUUUAGCCGGGCAGCCAGCCAAACUGUGAGCGUCAGGAUUAAGAUGAAUAGCUACACUACAAUCCCGAUGAGAGGAAGAAACCCAUUAAUUCACCUCUCCUUCCUCCUCUCUUUCUUUUUUCUACUUUCUUUUUUCCGCCCUUGUUUUCUUUUUCUCUCCUUUGGGUUGGAAACCUCUCGCACUUUUGUCAGUAAAUACAUGGUACUUAUAAACACUAUCGUAUGAUGGUAUGUACACUUCAGUCGGAGCGAUUGAAGGUUUUUUAUUUGCAACAUUUAUCAUUAAGUUUCUAUAACCAUGUGACCCAGGGCACAAAACUAGUGCCCUUCAGAGCCAUAGUGACUGAAAGGGACAUGAUAAUAACUUAUGAGAAUGAAUAUAACUAUAGAUAACUCAUGGUAUAUGAUGUCAGUAGCGUUUGGGUAAUGUGGGGUUCUGCUGAACCUUCAAACAGUGUUUAUCUUCUGAACGAUUAAAAAAUAAAUAAUUAAUCUGU